UCCGCGAUCGUGCGUCUGUCUGAGCUGAGCUGAGCUGCCUCCUUGGAAACAACAACAAUGGCGACCUUGUCGGCGCCCCUGUCGUGUCUGCUGACACAGGGGAAGGCCACCCUGCUCUGUCGUCAUGUCUUGAAGGCUUCCCACCACCAUUUCCGCGCGGUGUCCAGCGGGCGCAGUGGACUGCUUUCCCGUCAGUCCCUCCCGACACGGACCGACAGCGCAGCGUCGGUGUGCAGCAGCUCGGCGGAGAGCUUGUGGUCGGUUUACAAGCAAACUAAAAAAGACACUGAAGAUGUCACGCCGUCCGUCUCCACCGCCUCGGUGGACCCCGACGCCAUCUUUGCCAACAACGAGAUGUGCCUGCGAGACAUCGAGGUCUACGGCUUCGACUACGACUACACGCUGGCCUUCUACUCGCGUCACCUCCACACGCUCAUCUUCAACAUAGCGCGGGACAUCCUCAUCGGCAAGCACAGGUAUCCGGAGGGUCUGCGGGAUUAUGAGUACAUUCAAUUUGCUGUGAGGGGGCUUCACUAUGAUGUUCAGAAGGCGCUGCUGAUGAAGAUCGACGCCUUCCAUUACAUCCAGCUGGGGACCGUGUACAGGGGUCUUCACGCCGUGCCCGACGAGGAAGUCGUCGCCAUGUACGACGGCUGCCACAUCCCUCUCGACAUCAUGAGCGACUUCUACGGCAAGAGUUCGCACGGCCACUCCAUGAAACAGUUCAUGGACAUCUUCUCGCUGCCGGAGAUGAGCCUGCUGUCGUGCGUCAACGACUUCUUCAUGAAGCACAACAUCGACUACGAGCCCGUGCACCUGUACAAAGACGUCAAGGAGGCCAUCAGAGAUGUUCACGUAAAGGGCAUUAUGUACCGAGCGGUGGAGGCGGAUGUCGGGAAAUACAUUUGUUACGGCGAGCAGAGUCACGCCGUGGUGAAGAAGUUGUACGAACACGGCAAGAAGAUGUUCCUCAUCACCAACAGCCCCUUUGACUUUGUGGAUCGAGGCAUGAACUACAUCGUGGGGAGGGACUGGCGGGACCUGUUUGACGUGGUUAUCGUUCAGGCCGACAAGCCGGCUUUCUUCAACGACAGGAGAAAGCCCUUCCGGCGGGUCACCGACAGAGGUGCCCUGCUGUGGGACCGAAUUCACAAGUUGGAAAAAGGCCAGAUCUACAAACAGGGAAACCUCUACGAGUUCUUGAGACUGACCGGCUGGAGAGGCUCCAAAGUGCUCUACUUUGGCGACCACAUCUACAGCGACCUGGCGGAUUUGACCCUGAAGCACGGCUGGAGGACAGGCGCCAUCAUCCCCGAACUGAGGAAGGAAAUCAAGAUCAUGAACACCGAGGUGUACGUGCGCACCGUCAGCUGGAUGCAGGCCCUCACCGGCCUCAUCCAGCAGAUGCAGGUCCACGGGGAUCCCGCCGCUCAGGCCGUGGUGGAGGAGUGGAAACGAGAGCGGGAAGCCAUGAGGCCGCACGCCAAGGAGAUGUUCAACCGUCAGUUCGGGAGUCUCUUCCGCACGUACCACAACCCCACGUACUUCUCGCGCCGGCUCUCGCGAUUCGCCGACAUCUACAUGGCGUCCAUCAGCUGCCUGCUCAACUACGACUUUGGGCACACCUUCUUCCCGCGCCGGACGCCGCUGCAGCACGAGUCCCCCUUGGGCCGAGGGCAGAGUUGCUGACCGCUUUGUCGCUGGCUUGCUCGCUGGCUUGCUCGCUGGCUGGUGUUUGCUUUAGUCCAACGUGAGCGUAUGGUGCUAAUUGUGCUUGCUGUGUCCUCUUUGACUCUGGCCUUUUCCUUCAUUGCAAGCAAAGUGUCGUCCAUCCGGUGUGGAAUUAAACAAGUGAGUAAGUCUUUG